UAUAUGACAAAGGAGAUAUAAAUUGAUUUAUAUUGUGCAUGUGUAUAUUUUGAUAACGGUUUGGACAGGCUGAGAGGAAAAGCAGUGUUGGGUUCUGUUAACGAAACAUAUAUCAGUGUAAAAUAACCUCAGCGCAACGGAAGCAGCAUGGCAAGCAUGCGCAUUACGGUCUUUCUAUUUUCCAAGCUCAUGCAGAUUGCACGCUGCAAAUUCGCUGUCGAUUUUUUCUCACCAGUUGGGUUCAUCGUGAUUUUUCGGGUUAAAAGUACAUCGUAUCUUUUACAUUAAUUAUUUGAGUUGAUAUUGCAUCAAAAUUAUAAUCGGGACAUUGGAACUAACACACUUGUCACACGGUGAACUGAUCUGCAGUGUGUAUAUUGCCGUACCUGGGUUCAGCUACACUCUAUCAAUUGCACCUCCUUCCUGUGAAGUGCAUAUCAGCAACACCCUAGCAUAAUGCCCAAGAAGAACCCCAAGACAGCUGGAACGGGUAAACGAAAGGCAGUCCAGGAUCAAAACACGGGGAAUAAACAGAGCCGCCUAGCAGUCCUUUUAGCUGACGCCAUCUCCAAGGAUGACGAAAUUCUGUCCGAAAUCGGCGAACUCCUUGGGAAUAAGGACAAGAACAAGGCUGACGGUUCAAGAAGCACUGACCUUAGCCCCACAUCUGAACAAAACACCGCUACCAUUACCAAUCCAGAUGAGCCCACUAGCAUUGCUGCAAUGAAAACUCAUCUAAUAACUGCAUCUCUUGCUCCGUCAACAAGGCUCUCAUAUAAAAGAUUCUGGUCAAGGUUUACUGUUUUUGUUUCAAAUAUGCCAGAAUCAAGAAGCUACUUACCAGCAACAUCCGACACAGUUGCCUCAUUUGUGGCCCACCUACAUUUACUGAAAUACUCCCCGUCGACCAUCAGCAGUCACCUUUCAGCAAUAGCGUAUCAACAUCAGCUCACAACUAAUCCUGACCCUUGUAAUUCCUUCAUCGUACGCCGCAUGGUUCUAGGCGCACACAAAACCAACUCAAAAUCUGACUGCAGAAAACCUCUUCUGUACGAGGACAUAAAGAAACUUUGCAAAGCCACAGCAUUUGUAUUUGCAACAAAUCCCUUUUUGAGACAGUUAUGUCAAGCGAUUCUCUUGAUAUCCUUUCAUGGAUUUUUUCGAAUGGGCGAACUUCUCCCUUCUAAAAGCAGCAAAGACCAUCAAGUCGUACAAUUGAAACAUGUGGAAUUUAAAAAGAAAUCUGUUCACAUAAGACUGCAUCGACACAAAACUAAGAAAACAAGCACACCAUGUUCAAUAAUCAUCCCCUCUUCUAAAUCCUUUUGCCCUGUCACCUACUUAAAAAGCUACCUCAGUCUGAGAGGGAAUAGUAAGGGCCCACUUUUCAUAUUGGCAAACAAUUCCUCUUUAACACUGGGAAAAUUCAAAACACAUUUCAUGAAACUUUUGCACUUUGUCAACCUGUCACCUAAAUACUACAAAUUCCACAGUAUUCGGAUUGGAGCUUGUACACAAGCAGUUAUAUCAGGAAAAUCUGAACAAGAGAUCAUGCUGUUAGGAAGAUGGAAAUCUAAAGCCUUUAGAAAAUACAUUAGACUUUCAAAAAUUACAUCCUAGUACUAUUGGUGUUGGUCGUGCAUCAAAAUGAACAGGAUUUGCUCCACAUAAUACCUUUUCAUUUAUGGAGAUAUUGGUUGUGUAUCUCUACAGUAUACUCAUACCACUUGCCUUUACCAUAAUACUCUGUUGAUGUUGGUAGUGCAUCAACAAUUCAUAUGCAAUUUGAGUUGUUUCUAGUCAGCAUGGAAUUUCUUUGUUAUUCCUCUUACUUGUCUAUUGUUAAAAUAACUAAAGCAAUACUAAAUUUUGAACAUACUGUGUAAUACUACUUUGAAGUGGUCAUUGUAUACUGUACCAUUUACAUGUUUUUACAUUCAUGUAACUUAUAAUUUACCUUAACCUUUUCUGGUCAUUUACCAUUGCGUCAACUUGUUAUGUGCUCAUAUUUGAUAUCACGAGGCAAUAUUACAUGUACAUUGUUGUAUUUUCUAUUUAUAUACAUAUAUGUUAAACAUUUGGCAUUUGCUUUCUUGGCCAUAAUUCAACUUACUCUAGUCAAUAUCUUUGCGCUCUCCCUUCCGUUGGUUGGACUUGGUUUGGGACUUUCUUAUACGUCCAACUUUAUGGGACUUUUACCCAUUACUUACACUAUUAUGUAAUCAUUAUUAUACAAGUUAUGCGGACUGGGUUGCAAAUGCACCAGUCCUUUUCAAAAUAAAUUCCGGCAGAUGCAAUAUGCAUCAGCCCUUUUCAAUCCA